AUGUCCGAUAACAGAAUACGAAACAUUCCAUCAACUGCCUCUUCAAAGCAAUCAUCACAAUAAUCAUCUAAAAAGAUUGAACAUUCUCCAACAAGUUACUAGUUGGUGCUCUCGUAAUUUUGUAAUAACUAAAAACGAGAAAAACACUAAAAAUCAGUUCCUUGUUUGUAAUCAGAGAGAAGUCUUAUUCACAAUUUGCAGCAAUAAAUCAUUGAACUUACAAAAAAAGUGGAUUAUCUCACUCAGGAAAAUAAAACACUCAAACAAAAUCGAGUCAAUUCUUUAGAUGUAUUUAUUAAAGUUCUAAUGCUAGAAUAUUCAAAUCAAAUACCAACAGAUGAACAACUAUAGUAGGCUGUUGGAGUAAUUGCAACAAUUGAAAAUAGAAAACCUCUCAUUAAAACAAAGUCUAUUUCAAUUAAAAAUAGAUUUCUAAAUCUCAAUAAAUCCAUUGAAAUAAAUUAUUAACCAUUAUAUCACAGUGCCCCAACAUGA